ACCGUAUUGUUUCCGAAAUCUCCGUUUUCGUUUUGUUUUCCGUUCACACGAAAGCGAAAAGCCGGCCUUUUCAGAUUCUUCCGAUUUGAAGAGCGUUUUCGAAAAGCUCAGUUUUCGUGACGGAUUAAGUUUGGACGGUAGACCUAACCGUAGAAAUAAAGCUGCGUUUUCAAAUUUCUCCGGCGUAGUGUGGAUGCUGCCUAAACUGAUCGUUCAUAAGGAUAUCGGAGUGUGUCAGUAUAAGGCGGUCUGAUGUACGUUUUCCUGGUAAUUUAGCCUUAUUGCAUCCAUCCACCAACGGUGCAAGCAGCUUUGCCGUACGAAGCCGGAGAUUGUGAAAAGUUUUGAAUAGAGCGCGGGAUUUCGAUCACCAGAUUUUUGAAAAAUUAGUACAACUCACAAGGUAUAGCCAAAGGAACGAGUUUCGAAACUUGAAUGUUUUGACUUAACGUCACGGCUUCCAUAUAAGUAGGCGCGGGCUUCUUUCCCGAAGACCCGGCUGGUAAUCGAGCCUGCCAUAUUGGUGUCCUAGAGAGUUCUAAAGCAAUAAAACGGUGACCAAGUUGUUGUCCCAAGCCAAUCAUGUGGAGGUUGAACUCACUUCCUCUUGUUCCAACAAAUUGCCACGGUUACUGGCCACGUGAGUGUAAACGCUGUAUUGCUCGUGCGCGGGCGACCAUAUAAAUGCGACAUCUGAAACACGAAGUUCCGGCCGUCACGCAAGACGCCAUGUCCAAGAAUAACGUCUCGGUUGAUCACAAGUUUAGGAUACCUGUUUCAAGCAGAUUUGACUCGAAUUUUAUAGCAAUCCAGGAUCAAAACGGCAACAACGAAAAUGAAAUGAGUUCACCACCAGAAAAAAGGAAAAGAGGUCGUCCUCCUAAACACCGCUUGUUGGAAAAAGACACCAGAGGAAUGGAAGAAAAAAAGAGUGCAAAUGGAAACAUUUCCACAUCACCUGAGUUAAGCGACGGAAACACUACGAAGAAAAAGCGAGGGAGACCACCAAAGGAGGCCGUUGAAUAUUUUUCUACCUCCCUUGCUCCGUCGGACCUGUUACUUUUAGACUUGGAUGAAAUCGCUCCCCGAGGAAUGACUCGUCAAGCAAGCAAAGAACUUGCUCUUGUUUCGCUUCGGAAGAAACAGGGACACGAUCAUACGGCGGACUCUGGCUCGGAAAACCGAAGUACUUCCGUGAAGGCUUCGUCGGAUACGAAGCACGACAAUUCUGUCGAGUUUGAACCGAUUGAUGGCGAAGAGAACGCGGGAUGUUCAGAGCAGGACAGUUUCGAAGUUAUUGAAAUUUCCUCUCAAGGUACAAUUGACGAUGAGCAGGAAUAUUGCUCGCAAGAUUCCGAGCCCACUUUAAUGAAAGAGUGCAUUGUGAUAUCUUCACAAAGUGAGUCAGAGGGGGAGGGUGAGAAACUACCACUGAAAUCCUCGCUGAAUUCGGAUAAAACGAAGUUGAAAAAGAAGAAUGAAAAGUUGCAAUCUGUUACCCAGGAUGCGGAAAAAACUCGUCUAGGGAAGGCGGAAAACAGCUUGGGUAAGAAGAAAGGGGUAACGAAGCUAAAGAAAUCCCUGUCCGUUGAAAAUCAAGCGAAAGCAAUUAACCAUUGUGCAAGUAUAGAUAACUUUCCUCCUGUAGAGUUUGGUUUCGAGAGCAGAGCAAGGCCAAAUGACAUGGAGCCGUCACUGCAGUCAGGCAGUGAAAUAGAGACAAGCAAAGUUUUUGGCGAACCGGAAGAACAGACUGACGAGAAUUCAAACCAGGUGAAAUCUUUGCUUUCUCGAGCUGAUCUGUCUAGCAAACUUUCCGUGUCCAAAAUGCAAAUGUUGAGGAAGACAAUGAAAGUAAAGAAUCAACCUGCUGGGGGUUUGGACAGCGAUCACAAAUCCGACACGAAUGAGAAAAGCGCGGAUUUUUCAAACAUAACAGGUGAUUUGCCGUCAGCAAAAAAUUCGAGCUCAAAAUUGUCACCAUUGUCAGUAGCUGAAAGUAGUGUUUCCGAGGCGAGCGCGAAGCGACGGGAAAAUAAUGAGAUGGAAAUAUCGGCGAGGACUUCGCUUCAGGAGGACACGUCACAACUGCACAACCAAGUUGCCCCGACUAUGAAAAGACUAGCGCAUGAGAAGAAGAACAAGGGAAAAGCGAAAAGAACUGAAGGAAGACCGAAAUCACUCAGAGAUAAUUUGAGAAAGCGUCUGUCGAGCGACAAAACGGCAGCGACGCAACAAAACUCUUCUACUACAGAAUGUCCAGUGGCGAAAAUUAAUGAUGCGCAGGGUAAGAUGGAUAAACACAAUAUCACUUCGAGGACAGCAGAUUUGUUACCCAUGCAAAAUAGGACUAAUUCUGCCCCGCUGAUGGAUGGAGAUCUUAUCGGUGCGAUUAUACAAGAGAGUGGAAAGGACACUGAUAGCAAAGGCAAAUCCGUAGCGACAGCGCCAGCAGCGAAGAAAGAAGAAAGAGAUGCAGCCAGUGCUAAAAAACAAAACAAGGCACAAGAUGAGGCAGGAAAUUUUCGAUCGUGGGACAGCGGAAUGGAGGACAUAUCAGAUGGGGAAGAUGACCUGAGUGAUUUUGAAUUCGACUUGGAUGAUUAUUCACCGCAUUCUUUUUUCGAUGAGGUAGAGGACUCGAAUGUAACUGACAGAGCGUCCUCUCCAUCUGUUGAACCACUAAACUUGUCUUGGGCCGCCUUGCGACAGGCGAUUCAAGAAGGUGACGCCAUGCUUGUCAGACGAGCCCUGGCUGUACCCGGCUUUAACCCGGAUGACGUUGCCAUAGAUACAGCGUCAGGAAUGACUCUACUGAUGUGGGCGGCGACGAGUGGUCAGGACGAGAUCGUCAGACUGCUACUGAGAAGAGGAGCUGGUGUUAAUACUGUUCAGAAGAGAACCGCCAUGACAGCACUUAUGCACGCUGCAGAACAGGGUUUUCCAGAAACCGUGCAGAUUCUACUGGAGUCUGGUGCUCACAUCAACUGGCAACAGACAGCAGGUGAAACGGCACUCAUGAAGGCGUGUAAGAAGGGCCAUGAAGAAGUGGUGGAGGUUUUGUUGAAGCAUGGAGUCGAUACUAAAGCUCAAUCCAACUACGAUCAGACCGCCGUUCAGAUCGCGUUAAGAAAUCAACAUUUUGAAAUACAAAGCCUGCUCCAAGAACACGAAAAAAGCCUGGAGAACACACUUCAGGUCGCUUUGGGGAAGUGCCUGGGAACAGCCGGAACUUUACGCCUCCCAUUGGUGAUGUCGUACCGCUGUAUUGCCCCGGGGGAGAAAGAGAGUGUAAAUUUCACUCUCAAAUACAACCCGAGCAAAGGACCUCAAGGAACCAAAGUGGUUUUGUUUUGUGUCAAAGCUGAUUUUAAUGGUGACGAAGUUUGUCUCAGUUUUUGUGGUGACAAUGGGGUUCGCUCGGUCCUGUUAAAUGCCGGCAUUCAGUAUCCACUGGUACAGGGCAACAGAUCUGUGUAUCUCCUAAACCUUGACACGGAAGCUUCAAGUAAUGAACUCACUGUGGAAACACAUCCGGUCAAGAACAGGCUUAUCGUUUGCGCGGCCAACGUGAGCCCAGCGGCCGAGAGUUGACACUCCUCGUCAUUAUCACUUCGCAGACUUUUAAAUUCAAUUUUAAAAAUUUUGAGUUAUUUUAUAUAGAAACAAAUUAAAUAUUUAUAUGGGGAGGUAAACGCGUUUAAAACGUGAAAAACGGUAAGAAAUAAAGUUGUGUAAACGUUUUUGUUGUCGCCAGUAGGAUUAUUUCAUACUUUGCUGGGAUGCAAGUGUUUGUAGCGGGGAGGGAGGGGAGGGCUUUGGAAUAUUGUUAAACGCAUUAAUAAUUCAGAAGGAAUGGACCCAAUGAAAACGCGCUAUUACAAUCACAUGACCGCGCUGUUUUUAUACCCCUAUUCAGAAUAUGUUUUCUGCGAUUUUUAUACAGAAGAAGCGUUCUGUAUAAAUAUAGAUGCAGAAUGGACAGAAAGACACAGCCUCCUCUCUGGAACCUCCGUUUCAGUUGGCCUGUUGUACUCAUUACUCAACCUUCGUUGUUUAUCAGGGUCAACGCGUUUGAAGAGGUAGUUUGUGAGAAAGGGGACAACUGCCUACAUCAUUGUAUCGUUUUGAAGCUUAAGAACGUCAAAGUGCUGUAUGAGCAAACCGGUGAAUUUCUCAGUGAGUGAUGACUGACAUGAAUUUACCUUUGCGUAAUAUGUAAUUACCAUAAAAAAGACAGGUAAUGUUUUAAAGAGCAAAAAUAACAUAAGCAAUAACGAAAACUUCAGCUUCUCAGUUUAACUGAAAAUGAUGCUUCUGACAACUUUCACAAGGAUAAUUUCUCCUGACUUUAUGCCCCGCGGCAGAAAGGUUAUUUGAGAAACUGUUUGCCAACAUGGUAACACAGUAGGGACCUCACGCAUAUACGACGGCGAUGGCGAGGACGUUUCUAUUUUACUUUUGAAUUUCUCAUUGAUUUAGAUCUAUUCGGUGUGUUUGUCGGUAUUAAAACUCGCCCCUGUUGAACAUGCUACGAAUACGUUCAGUUCCAAAUAGAAAUACGAAAAAUUAGCCGUUGUGGUUCACGUUCUCCACACA